CUCUAGCUAGUUGCUGCAGACUCCUCUGCCUGUCGUAGUUGAGUAAACUACAUAGAUAUUAGCGGGCGCACAGAAUGCAGCACAGCCGAACACGAGUGGAUUAAAACGGUAUGCUUCUUUAGAGUCAGUCAGUCGACCGUGUAACUAGAGGAAUAAACCCCAAAUACUUUCACACAUUACUUUACGCUAAUUUACUGAAACGUUAAGCCAGGUAGCGGUAACCCAGUAGUGCAUUGUGUAAUAAAGAGAGAUCGUCUGAAAUGGCUUCAUCUCCUUGCAGCAGUGUUAACUUUGAUUCCGGACUGGAAAUCAAAACUCGGUCGGUGGAACAAACACUUAUCCCAUUGGUCUCGCAGAUCACCACCCUGAUCAAUCACAAAGACAAACCAAAGAAGUCUGAGCGGACGCAGCAGGCCAUACAAAGGGUGGGCCAGGCUGUUAGUGUUGCUGUGGGUCGCUUCGUUGCCGUGGGCGAGGCCAUUGCCGUGGAGAACGAGGAGCUGAAGGAGGAGAUGGGCAUGGCCUGCUUCGAGGCCCGCAGAGCAGGGGAUGCCAUAGCCCAGCUGACAGACGUUGGGACUGUGGUGACUCCCCCUGUGGACGGACGCACAACAGUGUUCAGUGACCGGACAGGCAUGGUGAAGGCCGCCCGCAUGCUCCUCUCCUCCGUCACCAAAGUCCUGGUCCUCGCAGACCGCAUCGUUAUCAAACAGAUCAUCACCUCACGCAACAAAGUGCUAGUAACCUUGGAGCAGCUGGAGAGAGUGAGCACCUUCCAGGAGUUUGUCCAGAUCUUCAGCCAGUUCGGGAAUCAGAUGGUGGAGUUCGCCCACCUGACCGGGGACAGACAGAAUGACCUGAAGGACGAGAAUAAGAAGGCCAGGAUGGCAGCAGCCAGAGCAGUGCUGGAGAAAUGCACCAUGAUGCUGCUCACUGCGUCCAAGACUUGUCUCAGACACCCUGACUGCGAGUCGGCACGUAUCAACAAAGACGCCGUGUUUCACCGCAUGCGUUUCGCCCUGGAGCAGGUCAUGGAGAUCGUGACGGACGCUCGGCCCUGCGGGGAGACCAAGGUCCUUCCCCUCAGCAUUUACACCGGCAUCAAGGACUUCAAGUCAAACGUGGAAGGUCUGCGUGAGGGUCUGUACUUGCUGCCCCACCAGGCUCUGUCUGGCCAGCUAGAGGCGGUGGUGGAGAGGACAGAGGACUUCACUGACUCUGCCUACACCAGCCACGAGCACCGAGAGGGCAUCCUGCAGCUCUGCCAGCUCGUCCGCCAGGACACUGACCAGCUCAUCACAGCCUGGAUGGAGGCAAAGCAGUCUCUAAAUGCUAAAGAGGCCACGGAGGAGAUGGAGCUGUCUAUACUGAAGACCUGCCAAAGUGUCUACGAACUCCGCAGAGAGCUUCAUAAGGUGGCGGUGGGGCGGGCGGCGGACCAGCUGAAGCUGCACACGGAACACCUGCCUCUGCGGGCCCUGAAGGCCUCGGGGGGCGAGGGCAACCUGGAGGCUGUGGCAGAGUACGCCCGCACACUCGGCGAGCAGAAAGAACAGCUGGUGGAGACUUGUCGUCUGCUGUGUCACGUCUCGGGGACAGAGCCUCUGGAGAUCACCUGUAUACACGCUGAGGAGACCUUCCACGUCAUCGGCCCCCAGAUCAUCUCUGCAGCCCAGACGCUGGCCCUGCACCCAUCCAGUAAGAUUGCCAAGGAGAACCUGGAUGUGUUCUGUGAGGCCUGGGAGUCCCAGCUCUGUGACAUGGCAGUGCUGCUAAGGGAGAUCAACGACGUGUUCGAGGGCCGCCGAGGUGGGGCUGCCAGUGGUGAUAAGAGAGCCUACGUGUCGCUUCCCAGACCAGGGAAACAUUCAGCCAACCUGAAGACGGUGAAGGCAGUCAAGCUAGAUGCAGAGGAGCAGAGCACCAUAGCCAAGCUGGGUCUAGAGCUGCGUCUUCUGACUUCAGACAUGGACACGGAGGUGGAGAAGUGGGAGGACCAGGAGCAUGACAUCGUCCGCCAGGGCCAGAGCUUGUCCAGCAUGGCCUACUCCAUGUACCUCUUCACCAGGGGGGAGGGCCUACUGAAGACAACCACGGAUCUUUUCCAUCAGGCUGAGGUGCUUUCUGAGGAGGGACUCCAGCUGUGUUCUUCACUACACACUUUCUCCACCCAGCUGAUGGAUGAAGAGAAGGUGGUAGUGCUGUCGGAGAUGGAGAAGCUUAUGGGCUUAUGCCAGCAGCUGCAGAUGGGGGUGAGGACGCCGGUACAGGGCAAGACUGCCACCUUCCAGAAGGUGGAUUCCUCCAUUCAGAACACUAGAGCCAUCAUUACUGUGGUGAUCUACCUCCUGCCAGUCUGUAACAAGAUUGUCAGAAAGUAUAAGUCAGAGAGAAGCAGUCUGGGUUCUCCACAAAGCUGGAGGGACAGGCAGUCGUCCACGGCCGUCAAAGACGACGUGCUCAACGGCAAGAACAGCAACGGCUUCGGGGUCAAAUCCCUUGAGCAGCAUAUGGCCAACCUCACCUUCCUGGAGAGCAAGUAGUCCAGUCCAGCGACCUUUGAUCCCUAACCUGUAUCACCUAUCAGAGUUGGAGCGUACCAUUGUCGACCACCAGGGGGCGACAUACAUGAAACGUCACUCACGCAGACAUAAUGGCAGUGCCCCCACCACUCACACGCGCCUCUGUCAGUGUAAUCAGCCCAUUUGCUUUGUGGUGUAACUGUUACCUGUAGCACAUCUCAGCCAAAUACAGCAGAUGUAAGAACAAAUAUUUUUAAAAAAAUAUGCUGUAAUGAAAUCCAUCGCCAGUGCAUGAUGCCAUCACCUGACAGGUCUUUUAAUCUCCUUUUAUCAAUCCCUGUGAUUUGGGCUGUUAAACCAGCUUUCUGAUUGCCUGGUCCCAGAUCAGUUUUGGCUGUCUUAUCAACUCCUAUGGCCAUUGUCAUGAGGAGUUGGCAGGACAGCCCAAACAGAUCUGGUAGCAGACCAGCUUUCUGCUGUUUCUCUCACUGUUGUACGCCAACCAAAUCCCAUCAUGGUUUAGUAAUUAUUGAGUGAAAUCAAUGCUCUCACUUUGAUGCCAAAUAAGAGAGUAAAUGGAUGGUUUAAUCAGGGUAUUAUGACACUUGGCUUGCUAAUAGACUGAAAAAUAAGGCUCUUAUUAUUGCUCCAUUUCAGCAGAGGCGGAGACAAUUUUAUCCAAUUGACUUUCUACUGUCUUUAGAGUAUUGAAUCACAUUCAGUGUUUGUGGUAUACUGUUUUAUGCAUUUUUCAGAAGACAUGUAAAAGAUUGCUGGCCUAGCGCAUGAGUCAAAUCAACUGUGGUUUAGUAGCUGUUCCUUAUGAAGUGUACUUGUAAUUAAGGUUAUGUCCCAAAUGGCACCCUAUUCAGUGCACUACUUUUGACCAGCGCUCAUAGGUCUCUGGUCAAAAGUAGUGCACCUAGUUUCGCAAAAUAUUUUGGCCCGCGACCCCAUUUUGGUCAGAAUUUUGAUGUAUGUAAUCAAUGUCUGUUUACUUUUUUAAUUGGGGCAACGACAGUAUUACAAAUCAGUCUGACACUACCUUUGACAGUAUUUCAAUCUAAAGAAUGGUUUGAAGUGACUGAAGUGCAUCUUCUGUGUAGAGAAGAACAUGUUAUUUUCCUCCCUGAUGUAGUGCCUGUUCUAAUUAGUCCUGUGUGGCUUGUGGGCAUUGUAGGUGUUCCUGAGAGUCUUAUCUUUCAGUGAUGGGGUCAUAAUAUUUUAUAGCUUAAACCAUUCAAAAGACUGAGCCACAUCUGUAGGAAGAAAACAGAAACAUUAUUAUAACUGCAUCUAGUGGCUACCGGAAGUUACUGAUAGUUUAGAAAACACUAGAAAAUGGUGUCAUUUGGGAUGCAGGCUAAGACUGCCUUGUGGGCUAUUGUGUAUUAUUAUGGUACUUGAAGCACAGAUAUAUACAGGUAACUGCCAAAAUAAAGGAAACACUUGAGUAAAAGUCAGAUACAAACUCUAUUGAAAGCAGGUGCCUCCACACAUGUGUGGUUCCUGAGUUGAUAAAGUAAUUAACUUCCCAUCAUGCUUAGGGAUAUGUAUAAAAACACCCAGUUGCCCAGUAUUUUGGCUACCAUGGCUAGAAGAGAUCUGUGACUUUAUAAGAGGGGUCUCAAAGGAGCACAUUACCAUUAACAAAACACAAAAUUAUGGAAUUUCUAGUGGAGGAAUGGUGUCGCAUCCCUCCAAUAGAGUUCCAGACACUAUGCCAAGGUGAACUGAAGCUGUUUUGGCGGCUCGUGGUGGCCCAUUAAGACACUAUGUUGGCGUUUCCUUUAUUUUGGCAGUUACCUGUAGCUAUAGCCACUGAGGUGACGAUUCUGGUACUACUAAACCUGAAUGGUUAGUGUGAAGACUGCAUAACCAUAUAAAGCUUUAGAGUUGAUUGUGUAUGGCUGUAGCUAAUGUCAUCUUCUGUUGAGUAAAGAAACCACAGAUGUGCAGAAACAGAUGUACUUUUAGACCAUCUAUCCUUUUGACAGUUGAAUGACUGAUAAACAGAACACAAAUCUAAAUAAACAUUAUUUUUCUU